AUGUGGUCCCCUCCUCGUAAGCGCCCCGUAAGCUACGUCAUCAUUCUCUUGCUCUUCACCGCAACGUUUGAAGGCUGUGGCAGUGGUGCUCCCGCCGGACCUAACGUGCCCGAUGGUGGCGGGGGCGGUGGUGGUGGUGGUGGCGGCGGCGGUAGAACUACGACUACCACGACUGAGAAACCCGGUCUGGCCUGCCAUGCUGCAAGGCUGCGGAACCACACCAACUCCGUUCCCACAGCCGAGUACGACGAUGCAACCCAAUGCGACGACGAUGACGACGGCACAGUCGACAAGUUCGAGUUCGACGACUACCUCAAGUAUGAGUUCAACCACUACAAGGAGUGCUCCGCAGACCACGACAAGCACAAUUUCGCGACGUACAGCUACGAUGAGCACAACGACAACCACAAGUACAAGUUCAACGACGAGCGCGACACCUACGAGCACAACAACUUCGAGUACGGCAACUACGAGCACAACUACGAGCAGAACAACCACGAGUACGGCAACUACGAGCACAACAGCUACGAGCAGAACAACGACUAG